AUGAAUAAUGAAAAUGUGACAACAGUGAAUGAACUCUUUUUGCUGGGGUUCCCUGGACUUGGAGGAUUCAGAUUUUUUCUCUUCAUUCUCAUAUUGUCUUUAUGUACCGUGGCAGUGUUCCUGGAUGUUAUGAUUAUUAUAUUAGUGUCAACCAGAGAAAGCCUACAAUCGCCCAUGUACUUGUUCCUCAGGAAUUUCCUAUUUUCAGAAAUGUGUUCAGUGAUGGUUAUUGUCCCCAAUAUGUUACGUAUCAUAUGGAAGGAUGGAGCCACCAUAUCUGUCACUGGUUGCAUUGCUCAGAGCUACUUGUUUGUGUCUUCAGGUACUACUGAAUGUUACUUUCUCACUGCAAUGUCCUAUGACCGAUACUUGGCCAUAUGCAAACCUUUACAUUAUAACUCAAUAAUGGGCCACACGCUUCAAUAUUUCAUAGUUUUAUUUUGCUGGAUGUUAGGUUUUCUUUUGACAUUGAUCACACUUGGUUUUUUGGCUUUACUCAAGUUCUGUGAUCGGUAUAUUAUUGACCAUUACUUCUGUGACCUUGCUCCUUUUAUUGACAUCGCUUGUUCAGAUACUUCUGGUCUGCAAAUCGAUACAUUUGUUUUGUCUGUCCCCAUGGUUGCUAUUCCAUUUCUAUUAACUGUUGUAAGUUAUGUGUGUAUUUCUGUAGUUAUACUUAGGAUGCCGUCCAUCGGCAGCAGGAAGAAAGCUUUCUCUACCUGUAGCACUCACCUCUUGGUGGUGAGUAUAUUUUUUGGAGCUGGAUUAAUAAAUUAUUUUACACCAGUGAGAGGACGUUCUGUCGCCAUUAACAAAAUGUUAUCAGUUAUAUUUACUGUAGUAACACCUUUAUUCAGUCCCAUAAUUUACAGUCUGAGAAAUCAGGAUAUGCGUACUGUGAUAGUCAGUUAUAUACGGUGGCAGAAAUAA